CAAACUGAAGUCUAUGGCUUCAGCUUCUCAAGCUAGUCUCCUCCUUCAGAAACAACUCAAAGAUCUCUGUAAAAGGCCAGUUGAUGGAUUUUCAGCUGGUUUGGUUGAUGAAAGCAACUUAUUCGAAUGGAGUGUCACCAUUAUUGGACCCCCGGAUACUUUAUAAUUCUGUGGAUGCUGUAAGUCCGAUGACAUACCCUUGUUUAAGUGAAGGCGGUUUCUUUAAUGCCAUCAUGAGCUUUCCUCAAAAUUAUCCCAACAGUCCUCCAACUAUUCGGUUUACCUCGGAGGUGUGGCAUCCUAAUGUUUAUUCUGAUGGAAAGGUUUGCAUCUCAAUACUUCAUCCACCUGGUGAUGAUCCAAACGGAUAUGAGCUUGCUAGUGAGCGUUGGUCUCCUGUCCAUACGGUUGAGAGCAUAAUUUUGAGCAUCAUAUCAAUGCUUUCAAGUCCUAAUGAUGAGUCUCCUGCUAAUGUGGAAGCCGCUAAGGAAUGGAGAGAUAAUAGAGAUGAAUUCAAGAAAAAGGUCAGUCGUUGUGUAAGACGGUCUCAAGAAAUGACAUAAAGACGCGAAUGCCAAAAACGGACUUUCUUUCAUCAGUUGUUGUUUGAUACAAAUGUAGAAUUGCUGUCAAGGUCUGUCAUACCUUUUGUAAUAUGCCUUUUGUUUUGCGAGUUCGGUCAUUAUUUACAUUUUUGUUAAACUUAUUUUAGAGGUUAUUACCAUUAAGUAAGAUUUAUUUGGUUUUACUAAAGAUGUUGACCGCAGGACAUUAUGUUCUUUGUCCUCUGUAUUUUUCUUGUUAGCCUAAUAGAUGUCAAAUGCAUAUGUACAUCUUGGAAAUGUCGUUUUUGCUAUAGAA